AUGGAAUGGUCAAGAAAGAAAGAUAAUUUAUUGAAUAUUCUUCGAACUCAUAUUCGUAGUUUAAGUUCAAAUAGAAUAAAACAUAAAAAAAAUUAUCUUUCAUUUGAUUCACAUAUACGAAUACCAAUUAUUCUUAAUAAAAUAAAUGUUACACAAGCAUCAACACAAACAUUACCAAUUAAUAUUAAUAAUAAUGCUGAAGAUUUGAAAUCAAAUAUUAGUAUUCGUCAUAAAAAUCGUCGUCGAAAAUAUCAACAUCGUUUUAAUAAAUGUUUAGCAGAAUUACUUGAAAAAUAUCCUCCAAUACCUCCACAUGAAUAUUUAGUUGGUUGUGAAAUAAAUUCAUCUGUUUGGUCAAAAUUAUUAGAAAGUCGAGAAGAUUUAUCAAAAUUAAAUAAGACUCUUGAAGAUUUAGAUCAACGAUUAAAACGUCUUUCAAUAAAUAUUUGUGUGAAAUGUAAAGAUAAAGAUUUUUGUUAA